UGCACUCAGAAGGAAGCGUGCCAAAGCGUAAUAUGGAGCAACUGGUACUAGAUUUAAAUAGUACAAGUUUUCAAUGGGAUACAAAAGAUGAAAGUACGGAACCGUAAUAAAAUAAAUAAAUGGGGUCUUUCUGGACUAGCUUCCCACUGUCUCUUACGUUUCUUUUUCAGUGCUGAAUAUCCAUGACUGGUUUCUUAUGAGUUCGCCAAUGCCUGUGGCUGGAAUCAUGAUCUCCUACUGGUUGUUUGUGCUGAAACUAGGUCCAAUGUACAUGAAGAGUAGAGAACCUCUUCAAGUCAUGAAAUACCUGGUUGCAUAUAACAUCUUCCAGGUUUUCGUGUCUUUUAAUAUAGUUAUUGUUGCUAUAAAUUGUAUGCGAACGUAUGGUAUUUUUUCUUCAAUAUGUCCUGGAGAUCCAGUAGAAAGUAAAAUGUUGCUAACAAGCAGUUGUUAUACGUUCCUGCUGGCAAAAAUCACGGAAUUACUAGACACAGUAUUUUUCGUAUUAAAGAAAAAUGACCGCCAAGUCUCAUUUCUGCAUGUCUACCACCAUUCGGUAGCGGUGAUAGUUACCUGGAUAGCCUUAAAGUUGGAUUCUGUCUACCCUAGCGUGGCUAUAUUAGGCGGAAUCAAUGGUAUGGUACAUGUUGUUAUGUACACGUAUUAUGGUCUGUCAGCCUUUCCUAGCAUGGUGAAAUAUCUCUGGUGGAAGAAGUAUAUUACCACACUUCAACUAGUACAAUUUUUUACAAUUAUAGCACACCACUUCGUGUCCUACAAAAUAGGAAGAUGUGAAGAAUUUGACAUUUUAUUUUUGGCGGUAAUAUUUCAUUUGUUCCUCUUUGUAUGCCUAUUCUUAGACUUUUAUAUAAAAACUUACAUACAGAAUAAAAAUAUGAAGACUGACCUAGGAAGUAACUCUAAUUGUAAUGGCCAAAAUAAAAUAAAACAAAACUGAACUGCUCUCUCUAAAAUU